AUCGACCUUUGUUGUUGGAUUUUUGCGAGCGAACGGGAUACGGCCGAACGAUGAGCGCUGAUAAAAAUGACUUUAAAAUCAUGGCCCGCUCGAUGGUGUGCGAAGACAGCAACUUACAGGGAGACAUCACCAUCUCCAGCGGCUGUGUGAUUCAUCCGUCAGCAACCAUCAUCGCGGAAUCGGGUCCGAUCGUCAUCGGUGAGAACUGCAUUCUGGAAGAGUACGCCACGCUACGGUAUCGCAUACCGGAUGGCCAUCCCUUGCUGGAGGGCGGUGGAAAACCGGCAAAGCCGCUCAUCAUCGGGCCGGAAAACGUUUUCGAAGUAGGCUGCACAGUGGAGGCGCUUUCGAUCGGAGAGCGGAACGUAUUCGAGAGCAAGAGCUACGUGUCAGCCGACGUUACCGUGGGCAAUGGAUGUGUGAUCGGUGCCGGUUGCCGCCUGGUUGGCAAACAGUCGCUGGAUGAUAAAAUCGUCGUGUACGGCCGUUCCUGCUUGCAGCGGGAAACACUGGAUAAGCACAAGUCCCAGAUGAUACAGCUCGACUACCUGAGGAAGAUUCUGCCAAACUAUCAUCACCUACGGAAGGUGAAUUACGAUCCGAAGAAGGAGCGGGCUGAAGUUUGAGCAUAAGCCGCUUAGCAGCAUACCAUUUGGUUAUUUAAGUUUUUCGUUAUUCAUCAGCACCACUCUCAGUUCAGUCUAUCAUUGAUCCCGAUGGCACAUCAACACUUGGUGCGGAUAGGAUGAAGUUUAUUGCAUUAAUGCGUAUCAAUCCCAAGAUUGUUCUGUUCUUAAAUAAUCAUUCGUUCUUUGCUUGUAAUCGCACAUCUUACAAUUAAAUAAUAGGCUAAUAUUUAAGGGGAAAGUGGCGUACUGAAUGAAGCUUUCCAAUAAACUAAUGCUAACAGAACUGUAAUAAAUGUGUACAAUGGA